UUAGACGUUUCGUAAAAACCAGCACCAUGGACAGUUCUCAACAACGCUGUGUCACUGUGAUUGAUCAAAACAACGCUCCGUCCCUGCCUCGUGUGGUACAUUCUGGAACUCCCUAGCUAGCACACCCGCGAGGAGGGGCGUAAACAACAGUGUCAGUGACGCUUCGAUGUAACUGGCUGUCAAGAGAGCUUGCUAGCCACUCGCUUCCUCACAGUUUAACGUUAAUUUCAAAGCAAGAGGAGGAAGAAUAAUAAAAUAGAGCUGUCUGGUUGAACCAAGUCUCUGGGGUGUAUCACCAUAGUGCCAUGGAGUUUCCAGUUCUAGGAGAGCAUUGCUCUGAAAACUCCUGCAAGCAGCUGGAUUUCCUACCAUUGAGAUGUGAUGCCUGUGAAGAGAUUUUUUGUAAAGACCACAUAACCUAUGCAAAUCACAAAUGCAUGUCAUCUUACAAGAAGGAUAUCCAGGUCCCUGUGUGUCCUCUGUGCAACACCCCGAUCCCCAUCAAGAGAGGGGAAAUGCCAGACAUCAAGGUUGGGGAGCACAUCGAUCGCGAUUGCCAGUCGGACCCUGCUCAGAACAAGAGAAAGAUAUUUACAAACAAAUGCUCGAAAGGAGGCUGCAAGCAGAAAGAAAUGAUCCGAGUGACAUGUGACCAGUGCCACAUGAAUUAUUGUCUUAAACACCGACAUCCACUAGACCAUGACUGUAAGCCUGAAGACAAACCAGUCUCCAAAUCUGGAUUCGCUGCUUUCAUGCGGUCCCAAGGAGCAUCCUCUGGCAGUGCCUCCACUUCAGGCAGUAGAGGAAGUUCUAGGCCCGUUUAUAAUGGGAAUGCUAGGACCCAGAGUAGUCGCAGUGCUCAGGCCAUUUAUAGUCCAGCUCCGGCCAUGCGGCCCCCUCCAGCACAGAAUGUAGUACCUACUUCGGCAUCCUUUCAGGCUGGCCUGACUGAGGAGCAGGCCUUACAAAGAGCGCUGGAGAUGUCCUUGGCUGAGUCGGCACGCAGCACAGUCCAACAGCCAACGCUCAGCCCUCAGGAGCAGGAGGAUCUGGCUCUGGCUCAGGCCCUUGCUGCUAGUGAAGAAGAGUACAGACGCCAGCAGCGGAGACAACAGGUAUCCAGAAAACUUAGGCGUCAGUAGCAUGCUAACAGGACAGGACCUGACCUAGGAAAGAGAGUCCUCCAAACAGUCUUCCUGCAGCCUAUCAUAAACCCAGACCAGUGUCUGAGCCCAAGCUGCUACCACCAGUAAUCAACUAGCAACUGUGCUACAUCGAUGGAACCCUCCAGCAGAACUCUAACGUCCAGAAUCACUGAUCCCAACUAAUGAACAGUCUGGGACUUUCAUCGAGAUAUAUAUUGAAUAGUAUCACUGCUUUCUCUCUACUCAGCACAUCAUUCUAGACAGGCUUUCUGUCCUUUUUACCGAUGGCUCUCUAUGUACAUAUUUUCUAUGUUGAUCAUGGACAUUUAACCUCAGCAUCAAUGUUUCUUGAAUAAAUUAUUUUAAAGAUG